CUCUCUCUCUCUCUCUCUCUCUCUCUCUCUCAUACACAAACAAACACGCCUCCAUCGUCAUCACCCCAUUCAGACGCUUCGCAUAGCAAAAAUCCAGUUGACAAGUUAUUCCAUAAAUAAGUAAUUACCUGAUCAUUUCCUCACCUCAUAACGGCUGCCGUGAUUUUUGGCCUGCAAAAUUCUCAUAACCCAAAAUCUCAAAAACAUUUGUGGAAAAAUGUCAUCACAUCAUUGGCCCGUCUGAAACAUGCAGGUCAUCUGAGCAUCUUCACCCUACUCAUUGCUGGAAACUAGGAAAGGCAUUUUGUGUGCUCUCGCUCUCUCUCUCUCUCUCUUGCCUUCAAAGUAAAUUCUGACCGCUACCCCAUUAUUAUUCCUUAUAUAAUAGGCACAGCGCCAAUGGUGUUGGAUAAAAGAUACCGCUCUGUUUAUUCUUCUUUAAAGAAUUCUUUCAGUAGCUGGCUAUGGCCAGCAGAACUCCCCUGUUCCACACACUCCUGCUUUGCUUCCUCUCCAGCCCUCUGCUAGCUAAAUCAGCUCCUGAAAGUGCUCUCCUCUCGCAACUUCCCGGUUUCAAUGGCACUUUACCCUCCAAACACUACUCUGGAUAUGUGACCAUAGAUAAAAAUCACGGGAAGAAAUUGUUUUACUAUUUUGUUGUAUCUGAAAGAAAGCCGUCAGAGGAUCCGGUGGUUCUGUGGCUCAAUGGAGGACCGGGAUGCUCAAGCUUCGACGGCUUCGUGUACGAGCACGGACCAUUCAAUUUCCAAAUGGGAAAUCCUCUACCUAAAUUACAUCUCAAUCCAUACAGUUGGUCCAAGGUUUCCAGCAUUAUAUAUUUGGACUCUCCAGCUGGAGUUGGAUUUUCUUACUCAGGGAAUAGCACAGAUUACUUGACUGGAGACCUAAAGACUGCCUCUGACACACAUACCUUUCUCCUCAAGUGGUUUCAACAAUACCCAGAAUUCCUCUCAAAUCCAUUUUUUAUUGCUGGAGAGUCAUAUGCUGGAGUAUAUGUGCCAACUCUUGCUUAUGAAGUUGUGAAAGGACUUGAUGCUCAUUUAAUGCCUAUUAUCAACUUUAAGGGCUAUUUAGUAGGAAAUGGAGUUACAGACGAGGAAUUUGAUGGCAAUGCUCUUGUUCCAUUUGUCCAUGGGAUGGGCUUGAUCUCAGAUGACCUAUUUGAGGAGGUUAGCAAAGAAUGCCAAGGACAGUACUAUAGGCCUCUUAGUGAAACUUGUGAAAGCUCACUUUCAAAAGUAGAUGAGGACAUUGCUGGUUUAAACAUAUAUGACAUUCUGGAACCCUGCUAUCAUGGACCAGAACUGAGAGAGAUCACAAAUGGUAACGCAAGGUUACCAUCAAGCUUCAGGAAGUUAGGUGAGACUGACAAGCCUCUUCCUGUUAGAAGAAGAAUGUUUGGCCGUGCCUGGCCCCUCAGGGCUCCCGUAAGAGAAGGACUUGUUCCAACUUGGCCAGAGCUCCUUAAUAGUAACAGUGUCCCCUGCACUGAUGACGAAGUUGCAACUUCAUGGCUUAACAAUCAAGCAGUUAGGGAAGCAAUUCAUGCUGAAAAUGAAAGCUUGAUCGGUCGUUGGGAGCUAUGCACAGACAAAAUUGCAUUCAAUCAUGAUGCUGGUAGCAUGAUCAAGUUCCACAAAAACCUUACUGCUCGGGGAUAUCGGGCACUUAUAUUCAGUGGGGACCAUGAUAUGUGUGUUCCAUACACUGGGAGUGAAGCAUGGACAAGGUCUAUCGGAUAUGCUGUCCGGGAGGAAUGGAGGCAAUGGACUUCCAACGGCCAAGUUGCCGGGUACACACAAGGAUAUGAGAAAAACCUCACCUUUUUGACGAUAAAGGGAGCUGGGCAUACAGUCCCAGAAUACAAGCCGCGAGAGGCAUUGGAUUUUUAUAGCCGGUUUUUGGCAGGACAGCCUAUAUGAAGAGAAAGAAAGCUAUGAUUGUGGUCGUGUGUGUGUGUGUGUAUGAGAGAGAGAUAGAGAGAGAGAGCUUGUUUCUAAUGUUUCUUCGUUACUUUUUAUCAGUAUGAAAGAAAAUUUAUGCAUAUGAAGAGAUGACUUCUAUUUAGCUCUUCACCGCAAAAUAAAAACAUCAAUAUUUAUUGUGGUAUUGUAA